AUGUCCAAGUUCACCACAAAGUCCGCCCAGGUCGCCGUUGACCCCAUCAUCGAAUCGAUUGUCAACGAGGACAAGGUGCCGUGGUACUCCAAGCCCAACCUGCGAUGGCUCUACUUCAUGCUCUUCCCCACCUGCAUGGGUGUCGAGCUGACUUCGGGUUUCGACUCGCAGCUCAUUAAUGCCCUGCAGAUUGUGGAGUCGUGGAAAGACUACUUUGACGAUCCUGUCGGUCAUUGGAAAGGCUUCAUCAGCGCCUCGUACUCGCUCGGCGCGCUCAUCAGUCUUCCUCUUGUCCCCUGGUGCAACCACAAGUUCGGUCGUCGUUGGUCCAUCUUCAUUGGUUCCUGCAUCAUGAUUGCCGGCGCCAUUGUCCAGGGCGCCUCUCAGCACGUCGGCAUGUACAUUGUCGCCCGUCUCAUGCUUGGUUUCGGUAUCCCCGUCUGCAUUGUUGCUGGCUCCGCCCUCAUCGGAGAGCUGGCCUACCCCAAGGAGCGUCCCGUCCUCACCUCGCUGUUCAACGUCAGCUACUUUGUCGGUCAGAUCAUGGCCGCCGGCAUCUGCUACGGCACAAACCGCAUCACAGGCAAUGCAGGAUGGCGAGUUCCAUCCUAUCUUCAAAUCGUCCCUUCGCUGCUCCAGGUCUCCCUUUGCUUGUUCCUGCCCGAGUCGCCUCGCUGGUUGGUCAGCAAGGACCGUAUCGAGGAAGCCAACGCCAUUCUGGUCAAGUAUCACGCCGAGGGUAAUGCCGACUCCGAAUUCGUCAAGGCUGAGAUGACCCAAAUCACCGAAACCAUCAAGAUCGAGUACGAGGCCUCCAAGGAGACAUGGUUCGAUCUCCUGCGCAGUGCUGGUAUGCGCCGCCGCGCCCUCAUCACGGCCAUGCUUGGUCUCUUCACCCAGUGGUCUGGCAACACUCUCAUCAGCUACUAUCUCGGUGACCUACUCACCAUGAUCGGCUACACCAACUCCCAAACCAAGCAGACCAUCAACCUCGUCAACGCCUGCUGGUCGCUUGUCAUGGCCUUCACGGUUGCCAUGUUGGUUCGAACCUUCCGUCGUCGUGUCAUGUACAUGACUUGCGUCUGCGCUCUUCUCUGCGUCUACAUCGCCUGGACUAUUUCCAUGGAGCGUGCGGUUACCGCUCAGGAGAACGGCGGAACGAACAAGGCGGCCGGGUGGUCCACGUUGAUCUUCAUCUUCCUCUACGCGCCUUGCUACAACAUCGGGUUCAACGCCUUGACCUACACGUACAUGGUCGAGCUCUGGCCCUACGCCCUCCGCUCCCGUGGAAUCUCCUUCUUCCAGGUCUUUGGCCGCUUCGCCGGGUUCUUCACUACGUUUGUCAACCCCAUCGGUCUCAACUCCGUCUCGUGGCGCUACCUCAUCUCGUACUGCUGCUGGCUGGGAUUCGAGGUUGUGUUUGUCUACUUUAUGUUCCCCGAAACGUCCGGGCUCUCACUCGAGGAGUUGGCCUUUAUCUUCGAGAGCAAGGAUGUUGCCGACCAGGUCACCGCCAAGGUCGAGAAGACCAUCCACCACGAGGAUGCCGAGGUGCAGCGCGUUGGCGACGCCCCUGUCGAGCGCAAGGUCUAA